AUGACACGACACAGAGCCCCGCCCGGACGGGGCGGGCUGGGGCGGAGCGUGGGAAGUGGGGUAGGGAGCGGGGGCGAGAGGGUGGGGGCGGGGCGUGGGGGCGAGGGGCGGAGGGAGAGCGCGGCCCGCCUGGGGAGGGGACGGAGACCUGGGAGGGCGGCCCGGGGGCGAGGGAGGGCCGAGCGGCCUGGGCUGCAGGGCUCCGGGGUCACCGGGGAGGGCGGCUCGCGAGUUCAGAAGCCAGAGGCCGCGGGAGCCCGCGGAUGGGAGCCCCGCGGCUCCGGCGGGUCCUCGGCGCGAGUGGCGCAGCAGCCCGGAUCCUCCCGCUCUCCCAGCGCUUUCCUGCCGAGCAAGAUGUCGCUCCUGCAGCAACCGGCUUGGAAUCAGGGUCUGAUGGUGCUAAGAAGCAAGGACCAAGAAGGUUUCUCUUUGGCUGAGAUGCCAAUUUCAGAGCCAAGUUCCUGGAGCAGCAGUGGCCCCAACACUUGGAGAAAUGCCUUUGUCCAGAGCCAGUGGUGUCAGGGAUGCAAGCUCCGUUGGUCUCCACUGGUGUUCUUCCUCUCAGAGCCCCAGACCUGUUCCAGAGAUUCUGGAAGCCACCCAAGCACUGUUUAAAUAUUGAUAUAUGUCUUUUCUCCUAAAAUUAGCAGUGUUGAUUUCUCUAAGCAAGCACCCUGACGCACUGGACUGUCCUAAUUCCUUCCUCCUUGCUAAAUGGUAUCUGGAUUCUUUGGCAGCUUCCUAUUCCUCCUCCUCUGUUUGUUUUCUUAAAUUUAUCUAUUUAUUUAUUUAUAGGUGUGCUGAGUCUUUGUUGCUGCUCUUGCCUCUCUCUAGCUGCAGAGAGUGGAACUUCUCUCUAGUUGUGGCGCACAGGCUUCUCAUUGUGGUGGCUUCUGUUGUUGCAGAGCAUGGGCUCUAGGGCACACAAACUUCAAUAGGUGUGACUCCCCAGCUCUUGAGCACAGGCUCAAUAGUUGUGGUACAUGGGCUUGGUUGCUCCACAGCACGUGGGAUCUUCCCAGAUCAGGGAUCAAACUUGUGUCUCUUGCAUUUGGCAGGCAGAUUCUUUACCACUGAGCCACCAGAGAAGCCCUCCUCCUCCUCUUUAUUAAAUUAAGGAUUCCUCAUUCUUUGUGUACCUCUCCCCACCUACCAUCUCUGCACAAGGGACCACUUAUGCAGAGCAGUGACUACUAUGUAUACUGUAGCAUCAAUACCUCUGUGACCCCAACCCCCAGAGCCAGACCCCUGUGCAGCUCACUGGCCAUUCCCCCUUGGUGCACAGCUUGCCAGAAGCUCAUAUUCAGUGUUCAUAUUUACCAUCUUACUCUCCCCAGCAAUCCCUUUGUCUCUGUUCCCCAUUUCAUUAAUGGCAUUUUCAUUCUCCCAGUCAUAGACUCAAAAUGUCAGGGUCAUCCUAGAGCCUGGGUGCCCACAUGCUAGGCUAAGGUGAUCUUGUCCAUCAGACAGUGUCUCUUGAGUUCAUCCCCCACUUAUCACAUUGGUCAGGGAUAGGAGGUACAACUCACAAGCAUCAAGCCCCCUUCGUGGCCUUGCAGAGAACAAGGACCUGAUCUAAACAAAGGGUCUGCAGCAACAGUAGGCCCAGCUGUGUUACUGCCCCCUCAGCCCUACCCCCAUGAUGACUGCCAAAGGAAGCCAGUCCUGUGGCUUGCGAUGGGAUGGGGCUGUCAGAGCCACAAGCUGGUCCGGACUGCUAAAUGUGGGCAGAGAAAAAUCAUAUUUUUAAAAAAUCAUCAAAUACAACUCAGUACUGUUUAACUGCCCUCUUUCUCUUCUUGUCUACAAUGAAGGUAGUCAGGGACUACAAUAUAGAAAAAUACAUGUGAACAGUUCCUUUUUUGUGGAUAAGAUCUGGGUGAAACAUUUGUUUCACUGCAUCAGUCCUGGUCAUAACCUUAUGUCUGAACCUCGUACCAGCAACAGAAAAAAUCAAGAAUAUCCAUUGAAAACAACAAAAUAUUUAGCUUGAGUUCCUGCCAAGAAGCCUGGGAAAAUACCCCCAAGUUGAUAGCCUGGAGCCUGUUCUUGAGAAGAGGAUUCCCAAACAGCAAACUCCAACCUGUGUGCAAAACCAUCUGUCUAUGCAACAGUGAGGUUGCCCAGACUCCUAUUUACCUCUGGGGCUUCUGGAGUUGUUCACUUCCUGAGAAGAGGAAAAGAGAGGUUCUGUGCCAGGACCCACUGACUGCAGACCCUGACCUGGGCCACCAGUUGAGCUCUGGCCUGAGAGGCUACUUCCUGAGAAGAGGAAAAGAGAGGUUCUGUGCCAGGACCCACUGACUGCAGACCCUGACCUGGGCCACCAGUUGAGCUCUGGCCUGAGAGGCUACUCAGCCCUGGGAUGGCUCUCAGGUGAAGACGCAUCUCAGUCUGAUCAGGCCACUAUAACAAAGCAUCACACACUGGGCAGCUCAUCAACAACAGACCUUUAUUUCUGACAGUCCUGAUCAAGCUGCCAGAAUGGACAAGUUCUGGGGAAAAUCUAGUUCAUCCCUCACAGACUGUGUCCUCAUAUGGUGAGAAAAGGGGUGAGGGAGCUCUCUGGUAUCUCUUAUAAUAGCAGAAUCCCAUUCAUGGGGGCUCCACCCUCAGGACUGAAUGGUUCUGCAAAGGCCUUACUCACUUCUUAGAAUCAUCACCUUGGGGGGUAGUUUUCAACAUAUGAACUAGUGGGACAAGGACAUUCCGCCCAUAGCAACACUCCUCCUCUACCGCUCCCCCUACCCCCUGCUGCCUCUUAUCUUCUAGGGCAUUUCUGGAACAGUCCCCCAGCUCUCCCCCCCACCGUGCCCCUCUCUACCCUUCCACUUCCAGUUGUGCCUGUCUCCCCUUCCUUGCUGUUCCCACUCUUGGUUCCAUCUAACAGAGAAGCAAAAAUAUCCUCAAUUACCUUGACUACUUGAUAAUAAGCCAUCAAAUCCAGAAGAACAGUGUGAUUACCAUGGCAAUUUGACAGAACAUGGAAUUCUGUGUGCAGCUCUUCUGACAGCAUUGGGAACGCCUGUUUUGAGAGUGAGCCCAGACUCAAAUUCCGACUGUCUUGCUCUGUGUGGGGGGAUGCUGAGCCCAGGGCCACCUAACUGUGUGAAUUUCUGAAGACAUUCUUGGCCAAACUGCCUGUAUUGAAUCAGACCAUCACCAUGCAUGUAAGGAUAUGUGUCUUUCUCUGAGGCUUCAGAACUUUCAUGAGAGGAUGACAUUCUUAGUUGAGCAGCACAGACUCCCUACAUUUCAAGUUUUAUCCCCAGAGAACAGAGUCUCUAACUCUGCCAGGCUGGGGAGCAAGAAAAUAUCUCUCCUGGAGGAUUCCCUAAUGAAUAUGCACUCUCUCCAUGGCUCUAGGAUUCCAAAGUCUAUUUUUAUCCCUUGCAUUCUAGCCAAUUUAGUAGAAAACCAUGUACUUAAAGAGCACUGCUCUGGCCCCUCACAGAACUGCUUUUACUGAAUUGCAUCUGGACAGGAAACAGCCAGACAGAACUGUUGGAUCUGGAAAGGGAAAUGACCUGGUCCUCACUUUGUGCAUAAUCCUCUGUGACAACCCAUGGGAGAAAUUCAUCUCAGUCUUAUAUUGACAAGCUAACUAGUUUUUUACAUAUUGAACAUUGGAAAUUAUUAUUUUUUUUUUUCUUUGCUUCAGCUGCUAUAAAGUAUAGAGCCAAAUUCGUGGUGCACUUUUGGGCAUUAACAUACCUGGGCUGUGUUCUUUUCCUUGCUCUAAAUUCCUCUCUUACAGAUUUGAUCUUCUUGUAGCACAUGUAUUUCAGAAGCUGACUUAAAUUUUUUUUUUUUGAAAAUUGUUAUUAAUUCUCCAAAAUUCAUGUAAAAUGUGAACUUUUUAAUUCAAUGAGAUUUGCAGGAAAUAUGUAAUAUAAAGCUACACAGAUGUCACAUUGGUAUAAAAGAUACAUGCUGCUGCUGCUAAAUCACAUCAGUCGUGUCCGACUCUGUGCAACCCCACAGACGGCAGCCCACCAGGAUCCUCUGUCCCUGGGAUUCUCCAGGCAAGAACA